CAGACUGCAAAGCGCGGGCCGGCAAAACGAGCCUCAGUCAGUCAAGUACACAGUGGGAUGGCCGGUCGCGACGGUCAGGGUGUUGAUGCUGUUUUUACAGCAGUUAUACAGUGAUUGCGGAACACUGCUUUCUUUACCCUUCCCCCUAGUGCUGCCCCGAAAACACACGGGGUAGGGGAAAGUCAGUGCUUUAUUUUUAAACAAGAGUGAUUUUUUAAAAUGCCGCAUGUAAGCAGCGGGGGUGGGGGAGACGAUUUAGGGAGCACCGAUGAGGUUAAAGUUUUCAAAGAUGAAGGUGAAGAUGAGAAGAGGUCGUCUGAAAACUUAACCGAAGAGAAAAGUAGCUUGAUAGACCUUACAGAAUCUGAGGAAAAGAGCGGAUCGUUACCCGGACAGAGCUAUACCUCCAGCAAGAACGCAUCGCGAUCAGAUCACAGCCCUGUUUUUGGGAAAGUGGACCCGACGCCCCACACAUCUUCCUUCAACAUGGGCUACCUGGUUUCGCCGUACCCAUACCCCAACGGUACAGCUGGGCCCAUCCCCGUCUCUAUGGUCUUACAGCGGCCCGUCGUCCCGGGGUUGAUCCUGAAAAGCUAGUUUGGACAUGUGGCUUAUGUCCAUUCUUUCCUGGUGGUCU